AUGCUGCAAAUACUGAUGCACAAGGCGGAUGGCACCCUGGCGGACUUGGCGCUCGGCAGCCUGCCGGCGCUGCCAGUGCUGGUGCCUGCGGCAGCAAAGGGUGAUGCCCCCAUCUUGAUCACGCGCAGCACGCAGUGGCCGGCGGAAGACGAGCUGGCGCCGCUGCUUUGGAAGGCGUGGGCGCGGAUGGAGGCGCUGCACUCCAUGAACAUCUACAUGUCCGAUGUGAAAGAGAUCAUGGGCGCUGCGCAGUCUGGUCGCUUGGAUGAUUGGCUGGACGUCAUGGGCAUGCAGCUGCUUGACACCGCCAAGACCGCGCACACGCACAUUUAUUCGGUGUAA